ACGUGCCGUGAGCGGUGGUGACAACAUUUUUUUUGGUAGCAAGUCCAAAAAAUUUUGGUUGUCGCAGCAUAACGGCAACCGAUAAUCACACCAACGACGACAACGAUACGAAAACCUGAAUAACUGCGAAACCCAAUAUAAAACGACAACGUUAAUGCCGGCACCCAGCGAGGCAUAAAACGUACGAUAGCAUAAACAGAGAAGCUAUGCCCGUGCACUGGGAUUUCGACUGGGAUUGGCCACACGAUCACUUUUGGCACUGGCCAAGCACACGUCUGUGGCCCGCCUUCGAUAGCUUCAGCUAUCAUGCACGCUGCCCGAUAGCGCGUCGUUGGAAAUCCGCUUUCACCCACAGCGAUUAUGAUAUAGAUGUUUGCGCACGUGAUUGGCACUUGCAUCACUGGAGCGAGGACGGACCUUGGUGUCAUCGUUCGUGUUUGGCCAGCCGUGUGUGCAUCGAGACGGGCGAUGAGCCGGACAGCAAUGGUAAGGGCACCUUCAAGGUUGUUAUCGAUGUGCAUCAUUUCCGUGAUGAUGAACUGGUCUUGAAGGUGCGCAACAAUGAUACCCUCAUCUUGACGGGCAAACAGAAGAACGAUCGUGGUGAGAAGAGUAAAUUUUGCAUUACACGCGAAUUCACACGCAAAUACAAACUGCCGCGGAACUACGAUGCCACUUUAGCCAAAGCAACACGUUCCACCGAUGGUGUAUUGACAAUUAUGGUGCCGCCACCACCGCCGUUGGAUGAUGUAGAGCGUUUGGUGGAUAUUGAGCAGACGGGUGCCUACUUUGGCACCACCACCACCGACAGCAACGCAGCGCAGAAGGAUGCAAAAGCUAUAGAGAAUGGUGAGGAGGAUGUAGGCGAGGCUGACGAAGGCAACGGGGAAGGUGAGAAAUCGAAGAAAGCACGUUUUGAUUCGACGGAGAAGGCAAAAUGAAAGUCAAAGAAGAAAUCUGCUGUGCUCAGAAAAUGGCAUGGCAACUUUAUGCGUCGCUUACAGAAACUUUGGACGAAGAAGGCUAAGCAUGCAGCGAAAACUGCUUAAUUGAUGUAAUGUGCGUGGCGAGAAGUUUGUGCGAAGCAAAAGCAAAAUUAAAAAAACAUUAAAUGAAAUUUGCAAUUUUAAACGCAACUUAAUCAUGAUAUUUCAACAAUGCACAGUGUUCUUCAAAUCACUCCUAAAAUAACCUCAAAUAUAGUACUCUUGAGUGCACUUGAGUAGCUAACACCAAUUUAAAAAAAUAACUAAAACCAAAAUCAUGGGUUUAUUAAAAACAAAUAAUACUAUUAAUCACCAACUACUACUACAACUAACGGGAAUACAAUGAUGCUAUAAACAAUUCGAAUUACGUUCAGUUUUCUAGUCUAUUAUUCUAACUUAAUCUCAUAGAAAACCACCUAGAACAAACAAGAAAAUAUCAUAAUGUCUUAAUAAAUAAAUAAAUAAAAUAAAUGGUGCUUUCAAAAAACUAACGGUACCAAC